CCGUUUGCGCACGCUGUGGUAGCCGGCGACGUGGUGUACCUCUCCGGCGUGACGGCGCAGGCAGACGGCGAUCCCAUCAGAGAGAGCGACAGCGUGGAGCAGCAGACGCGCAGGGUACUGCGCGUGAUCGACGAGCGGCUGAGCCGCGCCGGCACCGACAAAUCUCGGGUGGUGCAGGCGCAGGUCUGGCUCAAGGACAUAGGUCGCGACUUUGCUGGCAUGAAUGCAGCGUGGAACGAGUGGGUCGGAGAUGAUGAUAAGCCCACGCGGGCGACGGUCGAGGCUGCGCUGGCCAAGCCAGCCAUGCUCGUGGAGAUACAGGUCACCGCGGUGCUA